AUGGGGCCUCCGGUGGCGAAGACGGAAGCCGGAGAGGCCUCUGCCCCCGUGCGGGACGCCAGCCCCCAUCGGGGUCCUGAAGACUCGCGCCGGCGCUUCCGGGGCUUCCGCUACCCUGAGGCCGAGGGGCCCCGCGAGGCGCUGCGCCGGCUCCGCGAGCUGUGCCGCCAGUGGCUGAGCCCGGAUAUACACAGCAAGGAGCAGAUCCUGGAGCUGCUGGUGCUGGAGCAGUUCCUGACCAUCCUGCCCGCCGAGCUCCAGGCCUGGGUGCGGGGACAGCACCCGGAGAGCGGGGACGAGGUGGUGGUGCUCCUGGAGCACCUGCAGAGACAGCUGGAGGCGCCGACACCGCAGGUAGAGGCCCCGAGCCCGGCUUCUAACCCAAGUCUCGGGCCGAGGGCGGGGCGUGCCGUCAACAUCGGAACUUCUCUCUCUCUCUCUCUGCCACUCGGGUGGAGUCCCUGGGCCCCUCCUCGUAACAGAAGUUUUAGAUACAUGAAGGAUCACAGAAGAACUCGAUUAUGUUGAAAUACAUUGCAUUAAACAAAUUAGUGACAA